GAAGAUAGAAAUGGCGUCUCCUGCUCGGGGUAACCACGUGUGGGUGGGAUCCGAGACGGGUAUUUUGAAAGGCAUCAACCUACAGAAGAAGCAAGCUACAAACUAUAAGUUUGGAGAUGCAGUGCUCAGUCGACAUGAAGCUGUUACCACCAUGUGUUGGGGGGAUCCUUAUGAGUCUGAGAUCUAUGUGGGAUGCCUUGAUGGGUCGGUCAAGUUGUUUAGCACUGAGAAGGGCAAGUUUACUGAGUCACGGGACUGUCGUGAAGGCGAGGGACCUUUCUGUGGCUUGGCUGUGCUUGAUGGUUCCCUCAUCACCUGUGUUCAGUCUGGCUUGCUGAAGGUUUGGAGGGACACUUCGUCGGAAAAUGUGGAGAUCCAGGUGGGCCCGGGCGUGUGCCGCAUGUGCCAGAACCCUGAACAGCUGCACCGCGUGGCCACUGGUGGGAAGGAGAACUGCCUCAAGGUGUGGGAUCUACACCAGCCACAGGAGCCUAUCUUCAGAGCCAAAAAUGUACGGAAUGACUGGCUUGAUCUGAGGGUGCCCAUUUGGGACCGGGACAUGCAGUUCCUUCCUGGAUCUGAGAAAAUCGUUACCUGCACUGGGUAUCACCAGGUUCGCCUUUAUGACCCCAGCUCCCCACAGCGCCGCCCUGUCUUGGAGGCCACCUUUGGCGAGUAUCCACUCACUGCCCUCUCGUUGACUCCUGACGCAAAUGCUGUCGUUGUGGGCAGCUCGCGAGGGGACGUGGCUGUCAUAGAUCUGCGGCAAGGGAGGCUGGUGAAGUGCCUCAAGGGCUUUGCAGGGAGCGUCCGUGCCAUUCAGUGUCACCCUGCACUCCCGCUGGUGGCCUCGUGCGGGCUGGACCGCUUCCUUCGUGUGCACAACCUUCACCAGAAGCGCUUGGAGCAUAAGGUCUAUCUGAAAUCUCGGUUGAACUGCCUGCUGCUGACCAGCCGAGAGAAGUGGGAGAACGAGGACUCUCCAGCUGAGCUCCAGAGCGACGUGAAGGAGGAGGAAGACGACGAAAUCUGGAACUCCAUGGAAGUGGUGGCCACCAAGCGGAAAGCGGAGACGCAGCCAUGCUGCGAGUCGGGAAACAAAGAGCCCCGAAAGGACAAGCCCUCGAGAAAGAAGAAAAUUAGAAAAGCAGAAUCCUGAAGGGGGUGGGGGCAGCUGCAGGAGCGACUGCUGCCUUACAUACAGAUGAGAAUGUGCCGCCCCUGGCUCUUGGAUUUGGGAUGAUAUGAGAAUAGAACACGUCUGUUGAUAAUGGAAAAGAGACAGAACAUCUCCAGCUGUUCUUUCCUGCUCUGUAGGAUAACUUUUGCAAUGGGAUGGCUUUUUGUACCGACUCCUACUCAUCCUCUUGCGUUCAAGGGCCUUUGUGUGGCAGGAAGAGGAUGCCUGCAACCAAGCCUUCGUCUCUAGACUCGGCCCUCCCCAAAGAUCCUAACAUCUUCACUUUGGCUGCUGUGCAGCUCUGUCCACUCUUCAAUAAAAAAAUGCC